AUGAUACGCGAUCCGAACGAACCUCGUCGUGUAUGUCCAUGUCUGUUCAUAUGCUGUUGCUGUUGUGAUUGUUGUUUCGAAGAAGUGGAAAGCACUGAAGGAUCGCUCGACGUCUCGCCUACGCCCGUCGUUGAACCACAAACUUCGAUUGCUAUGUACGCUGGCCAGACGGACCCUCGUGAUUGUCCUAUUCAUGGUCGACGGGCUUUGUCCACGUUGAGCAACGGCACACGUUUUACGGAAAGCCGCCAUUAA